CAAGGCUUUGUCUCUAAGUCCGAACGAUUCGAUACAACUCUAGUAUUAAGCAACAACAAUCGCCGCAGAAGUCGCAGCACCCGUUUUGUAUUAGCUAGCGCAUCAGUUUAAAAUUAAAACAAAUAAAGUUUCUAAUCAAGUUUGAGUUUGUAACGAAGUGUAACAAAGCCAGUGUACUAAUGUCCAUAACCUUACUGCGAGGUGGCAAGCAAAAGACAACCACUUGCGUAGGAAUGACCGUAAUGGCCAAAACUACAAUUGAAGAAAUAUGCGAGAAUGCCAAAUUAGCAAGAGAUAUGGCGAUGACGGGAAACUACGACUCGGCCUGCAUUUACUACGAGGGAUUGCAGGGUAUGUUGGCGCGCCUGCUAAAAAGCACUGUCGAUCCCAUGCGCAAGGGCAAAUGGAAUAUGAUAAAUCAGCAAAUAAAUCAGGAGCAUGCUAAAAUCAAGGCCAUACAACGCACACUGCAGGACAUUUCAUUGGAUUUGCAGAACACGAAAUUUGCCCACAAGCUGCGAUCGCAGCUCAGCGAAGAGAGCAAUGUGAACAAAGAUCCCGCUGCCUGGUUUAAACCAGAUCCCGAUAUAUGGACACCACCACCCAAAGAUCCAGAUGUCUGGGGACCACCCAAACCGCCGCCGUCCAUACAAACAGUGGGUAGACGUGCCACAACAUCAAAUAGCCGCCGUACAACAGCCGCCCCGCAAUCCAGCAGCAGCCGACCGAGCACAAUCCCACAGAGCACUGGACGUAAUGGUCCUGCCACGACGCGUAGUAACCGCAACUCGGCCUCCACAUCGAACAGUGCACGUGGCGGGGCUAAUGGUCGAGUGGGAGGACGCAAAUUGUCCACCUCAAACAGUAACGUCACAUACAGUAAUAUUAAUAACAAUAAUAACGAUGGCAAAGAUGAUGAAGCGACGGCAACGGGCAGCAAUGGCACCACAGCCGAUGGCGAGGGAGCGGGGGAGCAGCAGGCAACCGAGGAGGAGCGCAAAUUUCAGCCAAACAAUCACAUCGAAGCGGAGCUAGUGGAUAUACUAGAACGUGAUAUACUGCAAAAGAAUCCAAAGGUGCGUUGGAGUGACAUUGCCGAUCUGCACGAUGCCAAGCGGUUGCUGGAGGAGGCCGUCGUGCUGCCCAUGUUGAUGCCCGACUACUUCAAGGGUAUUCGACGCCCCUGGAAGGGUGUCUUGAUGGUUGGUCCGCCCGGCACGGGCAAGACAAUGCUGGCCAAGGCGGUGGCCACCGAAUGCGGCACCACUUUCUUCAAUGUUAGCUCCGCAACGCUCACGUCCAAGUAUCGUGGUGAAUCGGAGAAAAUGGUGCGAUUACUUUUCGAAAUGGCACGUUUCUAUGCGCCCAGCACGAUUUUCAUUGAUGAGAUUGAUUCGUUAUGCUCGCGACGCGGCUCCGAAUCGGAGCAUGAGGCAUCGCGUCGAGUUAAAUCGGAGCUGCUGGUGCAAAUGGAUGGCGUGGGCGGCGGGGAGGAGCAGGCAAAGGUUGUCAUGGUGCUGGCGGCCACCAAUUUCCCCUGGGACAUAGACGAAGCACUGCGCCGACGAUUGGAGAAACGUAUCUACAUACCACUGCCGACGGGCGAGGGACGUGAGGCGUUGCUCAAGAUCAAUUUACGCGAGGUGAAGGUCGACGAUAGCGUCGAUCUGAACUAUGUGGCCAAUCAGCUGGAGGGCUACUCUGGCGCAGACAUUACCAAUGUUUGCAGGGAGGCCAGCAUGAUGUCCAUGCGACGCAAGAUAGCCGGAUUGACACCGGAACAGAUUCGACAGCUGGCCACCGAGGAGGUGGAUCUGCCCGUGUCCGAGAAGGACUUCAACGAAGCCAUCAGUCGCUGCAAUAAGAGCGUGUCCCGGGCGGACUUGGAUAAAUAUGAGAAAUGGAUGAGGGAAUUCGGUUCGUCAUGAUGGCGCUACACACCCCAAUCCCAAUUCCAAUUCCAUAUCCCAUCAUCCAUUUUAGACAUAUAUUUAUGUAUACACAUGUAUUUUUGAAGAACUACAAGAUGAAAGCAACAAACACACAUACAGUUUUAACAAGCUUUUAAAGUGUUAACCGGCCGGAAAAAUAGAAAGUUAAACAUACUAUUUUAUAUAAAACAUUUUGCAUAUGGAUAUCAAUAUGUAUAUAUAUGAUAUAUGCACGACGAUUUGAUAUAUACACGAAGCGUUGGAAUUCAAAAGACUAACAGUUCUUAAAGAGGAAACUAAAAAAACAAAAAGAGGAAUUUGAAUGCUAAGCAACAAACUUUGUUUUCAUCUGCAAUCUGAAAUUGAACUAAAAAAGCAAUCACAAUAAACAACACAUGCACAAUCCUUCCAAUUC